AACUGAAUCGGAGAAGAUGGCUGUUGGAACAGAGAAGGCGGCGGUUGAUGGAGCUGAAGAGAUACUAAAGCCGCGAACCGAUAACAGAGAAUAUCGGAGGAUUGUACUUAAGAAUUCGCUCGAGGUGUUGUUAAUUAGUGACCCUGAGACUGACAAGUGUGCUGCUUCGAUGAAUGUUAGCGUUGGAUCAUUCUCUGACCCGGACGGUUUGGAAGGCCUAGCUCAUUUCCUUGAGCAUAUGCUAUUUUAUGCAAGUGAAAAGUAUCCAGAGGAAGAUGGUUACUCCAAGUACAUAGCAGAGCAUGGAGGGAGCAGAAAUGCUUAUACAGCCAGUGAAGAUACAAAUUACCAUUUCGAUAUCAAUACAGAUUCUUUUGAUGAAGCUUUGGACAGGUUUGCACAGUUCUUUAUCAAACCAUUGAUGUCUGCUGAUGCCACCAUGAGAGAGAUAAAGGCUGUCGACUCUGAGAAUCAGAAAAACUUGUUGUCUGAUCCUUGGCGUAUGAACCAGUUACAGAAGCAUCUAAGUAGAGAAGACCAUCCAUAUCACAAAUUUAACACAGGUAACAUGGAUACUCUUCAUGUACGACCCGAAGCAAAAGGAAUAGAUACAAGAAGUGAACUAAUCAAAUUCUAUGAUGAACACUAUUCUGCCAACAUUAUGCAUUUGGUUAUAUAUGGCAAAGAAUGCCUUGAUAAAACUCAAGGCCUAGUGGAAGAGUUGUUCCAGGAAAUUCGAAACACCAACAAAGAUAUCCCUAGGUUUCCUGGUCAGCCGUGUACUCAUGACCAUUUACAGGUUCUUGUGAAGGCUGUUCCCAUAAAGCAGGGUCACAAGCUCACUGUUUCUUGGCCUAUAACUCCUACCAUCCAUCACUAUGAAGAAGCACCAGCCAUGUACGUUGGGCGUCUACUUGGUCAUGAAGGAGAAGGAAGUUUGUUUCAUACGUUAAAAAUCCUUGGUUGGGCAACAGGACUGUAUGCUGGCGAGAGAAACUGGACUAUGGAGUAUUCUUUCUUCAAUGUUAUAAUUGAUCUUACUGAUACUGGCCAUGAGCACAUGGAAGAUAUUUUGGGAUUGUUGUUCAUAUACAUUAAGCAUUUACAACAGUCUGGUGUUUCUCAGUGGAUUUUCGAUGAGCUCUCAGCUAUCUCUGAGGCAGAGUUUCAUUACAAAGCCAAAACACACGCAAUUUCGUAUGCGACGUGUAUUUCAAUGAAUAUGACGAUAUACCCAAUGAAGCAUUGGCUGGUUGGAUCAUCACUGCCUUGUAAAUUUAAUCCAGCUAGUGUUGAAAAGGUUUUCGAUGAGCUUUCUCCCAGUAAUGUUCGAAUCUUUUGGGAAUCAACUAAAUUUGAAGGGAAAACAAACAAGGUUGAGCCAUGGUAUAACACUGAUUAUUCUCUUGAGAAGAUAACCAAAUUCACCAUUCAGGAGUGGGUUCAGUCUUCCCCUGAUGUAAACCUGCUUCUACCAACACCUAAUGUCUUCAUUCCUACAGAUUUUUCAUUGAAGGAUUUUAAGGAUAAGGAGAUAUUUCCUGUUUUGUUGAGAGAGACAUCAUUCUCAAGAUUGUGGUAUAAACCUGAUACAAAGUUCUUCAAACCGAAGGCAUAUGUUAAGAUGGAAUUUAACUGCCCCCUUGCAGUCACCUCUCCCGAUGCUGUAGUUCUUUCAAAUAUGUUUGUUUGGUUGCUGACGGACUAUUUGAAUGAAUAUGCUUGUUAUGCUCGAAUUGCUGGUCUUCGCUAUGGAAUAAGUCUCUCGGACAAUGGUUUUGAGCUCUAUCUUUCUGGCUUUAAUCACAAAUUGAGAAUCUUGCUGGAAGCUGUCAUUCAAAAGAUAGCAAAAUUCGGAGUAAAACCUGACAGGUUUUUAGUUAUUAAGGAAACGAUCACAAAGGCAUACCGAAACCACAAAUUCUGGCAACCAUAUCAUCAAGCAAUGAGUUACUGCUCGAUAAUAUUACAAGAACACUCUUGGCCUUGGACAGAGGAACUAGAUACACUUUCUCAUUUGGAAGCUGAAGACUUGGCUAAGUUCGUUCCAAUGUUGUUAUCAAGGACAUUUGUUGAGUGCUAUAUAGCAGGAAAUGUUGACAAGAACGAAGCUGAGUCAAUGGUUAAGCAUAUCGAAGAUGUUCUCUUUAACGAACCAAAACCUAUUUGUCGUCCGUUGUUUCCAUCCCAGUUCUUGACAAAUAGGGUUGUAGAGCUCAGUACAUGCAUGAAGUACUUCUACCAUCAAGAAGGCUCGAACCCCAGCGAUGAAAAUUCGGCUCUAGUUCAUUACAUUCAGGUUCAUCAAGAUGAAUUUUCCAUGAAUAUCAAACUUCAGAUUUUUGAACUUAUUGCAAAGCAAGCCACUUUUCACCAGCUUAGAUCAGUUGAGCAACUUGGUUACAUUACUUCACUUUCUCAAAGAAACGACUCUGGUGUCUAUGGUCUACAUUUCAUCAUCCAAUCUUCAGUCAAGGGUCCUGGACAUAUUGAUUCGAGGGUCGAGUCUCUACUCAAGGACCUUGAGAGUAAACUUUACAAUAUGAGCAAUGAAGAAUUCAAGAGCAAUGUAACAACGUUGAUAGAUAUGAAGCUUGAGAAACACAAGAACUUGAGCGAGGAAUCGUGGUUUUACUGGGGAGAGAUUCAAGACGGAACACUCAAAUUUAACCGCAAAGAUGCAGAGGUGGCUGCACUGAGAGAGCUAAAGAAGGAAGAGUUAAUAGAUUUCUUCGACGAAUACGUAAAGGUCGACGCACCGAAAAAGAAAUCGUUGAGUGUAUGCGUUUACGGAAACCAGCAUUCAAAGGAAAUGGCAUCUGACAAAGACAAAGUUGUAUCACCAUCCAUAGAAAUCGAAGACAUUAUUGGUUUUAGAAACUCUCAACAUCUUUACGGAUCGUUGAGAGGAUGUGGCCAGCUGAAACUUUGAUGAGCUCCCAACACUUUUCAAAGAUUUAUAUAUAUAUACACUCUUAUUCAUAUACCAAAAUAAAUGUAAACCUGUAUUUAACUGGUUUGUAAUAAAACAGAGUUU